GACGCGUUGUAGCCAUUCACAAAAAAAAGAAGACGAAGAAGAGAAACAAUCCUGAGGAGAACCACUCGGAUAGAGAGAAGAGAGAAAGAAAGAGGUGACCGGACUGAGCGCGACGUGCAGUGCGGUUCUUGAUGCGGGUGUAGAAAGUGCGCAAAAAAAGCAAUCCCCGCAGAGAGAGAGAGAGAGAGGGGGGGAGAGGGAGCCGACAGUGAAGCCAACACACGCAGCCUUAAAAUACCAAGCGCGAUGGAGGACCUGGGCGAGAUGGACUGCCCGGUGGUGAAGCGCUUCCUGAAGGACGACGGCGCCAAGUGCCUGCUGCUGGACUGCCGCUCCUUCCUCGCCUUCAACGCGGGACACAUCCGCGGCGCCGUGAACGCGCGCUGCAACACCAUCGUCCGCCGCAGAGCCAAGGGCUCCGUGCUGAGCCUGGACCAGAUCCUGGCCGGGGACGAGGAGGUGCGCGGCCGCCUGCGGGCCGGGAUGUACUCCGCCGUGGUGCUGUACGACGAGAGGACGCCGGACUCCGACACGGUGAAGGAGGACAGCACGCUGACCCUGGUGCUCCACGCCGUGUGCGGGGACUCGUCCGGCACGCAGAUAUACCUGCUCAAAGGUGGAUAUGACAGGUUUUUCUCAGAAUACCCAGAGUUUUGUAUGAAGACCAAAUCUUUACCGAGCCUCAGCAGCCAGUCCAGCGUCGACUCCUCCUGCUCGUCCUGUGGGACUCCACACCACGACCAGGGCGGCCCAGUCGAGAUCCUCCCGUUCCUCUACCUUGGCAGCGCCCUUCACGCCUCAAAGAAAGAGGUUUUGGACGACAUUGGAAUCUCCGCCUUGCUGAACGUGUCCGCCGACUGUCCCAACCACUUCGAGGGGGCGUACCAGUACAAGUGUAUUCCUGUAGAGGACAACCAUAAAGAAGACAUCAGCUGCUGGUUCCUGGAGGCUAUUGAGUUCAUAGAUUCCGUACGGGACUCCAACGGGCGGGUGCUGGUCCACUGUCAAGCCGGCAUCUCCCGCUCCGCCACCAUCUGCCUGGCCUACCUGAUGAAGAGGAAGCGGGUGCGUCUGGACGAGGCCUUCGAGUUCGUGCGGCGCCGUCGCAGCAUCAUCUCCCCCAACUUCAGCUUCAUGGGCCAGCUGCUGCAGUUCGAGUCCCAGCUCCUCGCCACCACCUCCUGCGCCGCCGAGGCGGCCGCCACAGCGAGCCCGCUGCUCGGACCCAAGUCCUCGACGACCGCCACGGUAACAGCGGCCACGCCCACCUCGCCGUUCAUUUUCAACUUCCCAGUUUCUGUGGUGAACUCCGCCUACCUGCACCACAGCCCGAUCACGACCUCCCCCGGCUGCUGAUGGGGGGCCGGGCGCAGCCUUCCCCCAAAUUAACUGACUAUGAACAGACUGGGCUGCCAUUGGCUGGAGGAGCUGUCAAUCGCACUUCUCGCCGCAGUAUGUACAUGCUUCCAGGGGCGGGGUUCAGAAGCUACGGUGCCUGAUUAGAAACUCAAAGAACUGAAAGAAAAUAUAGAGAAAGUGGUGGCUGGUUUCUAGUGUGCAGAAAACAGCGCAAGCUCCUUCCAUCUAAAUACAAGAAUCCUCCAGACUGACCAAAAAUGAGUCUUUGAGGCUUUCAAGGACCCGUUCGUAGCGAGUGUUGGACUGGCAUCUUUUCUUAGAAUAACACAAACAACAACAACAACAUGCACAGGGGCACGCUGACACACACAGAGGUAUGAGAUACUUUCUCUGCGCCUCGCUCACACACACACACACACAUUCAUGACCACCGACUGAAUAAGCUCAGUAUGAAGACAGGGCCCGUUGCCAUGGAGACAACAGGUCUUUAGGAGAGGAGAUGGACACAGGAAGGAAGGAGGAAUUUUAAGCACCGGCUAUUUCCCCCCGUUUGGGUGUCUCUCCUGUUGCCGGACAAAAGAGAUGGAUGGAAAAAAGAAGGGGAGGAGACGGUGAUAGAAAGCAGGAGCCCUUUCCGUGACAGGUGCUCUGACCGGAGCUUCCUGUCUUUCAUACGUCCUCUUCCUCUCUCUGCCCCCCCCCUCCCACACCUUCCUGUCCUCUCAUCUCCUUUUCAUCCUUUUAUAUUCCUCCUCCUCCUCUCGUCUCUGCCUCUCAUCAUCACCCCUCCUGUUCCCUCUCCUCUGCUCCUCAUCCCCUCACUGAAGAGGCUACAUAAAUAGAUUAAGUUGCCAAACGAAGGCCGGGUGCCCUUGUAAAUGAUCUGGGAGUCCCCAUUACAGGCCCCUGAUACACAGUGUAGGAAACCCCUCACACGACUUCAUAAAAACAUUUGGUUUUUGCUAAAAGGUUCAACAUGAUUUGCCACUUAAGCCAACACCCUGGUGGCGGUGAAUGUUUUCAUUCAUUAUAAUUAAUUUAUCUUGGCUUUUUACCAUUUUCUAAAACCUGCUUAACUUUUAAGACGGUGGUUUCCGUUUCUUUUCUGCAUGUUAUUUUUGAUUUACUCAACAAAUCAACUGAAAUCCGUGGCUCCAUAGGAAUGCUCUGGACAAAUAUGGUUUAAAAUGAGCAUCACUAUGUUUUUAAGAUGUUUGUGUCUUGUUCAUAAAGGUAUCCCAUGGAUUUAGACAGACUUCUAGAAAGCCUUUAGAAAGAUCUCAUUAAUUCAGCUCUCUCCUCAUCUCUUCCACUGCAAGAUGGACACUCAAAAACAACUAAUAUAAUGUUUCUGAAUAAAUCAAUAUUAGGCAAUACAGUGAAUAUGAUCGUUGAAAUAGCAAUUGUCCAUGCAGACAAAACUCAAAAUUAGCUAUAUUUAGCGCAGUGGGUUAAUGGAUAUCCAAGCUCAAACUUUAAAGUAAAAUGAUGACAAUUAGACAAAAAAUGCAUUUAUUAAGUAUGCCUUCAUAUGCCAUAUAUAAGGAAAAAUGAGAAAUGUUAUAGGCAAUAUUUAUUUCCGGAUGGAUAUAUUAUUGUGGCUGGAUUUUGAAGAAAUUCAAACAUCUGUUUUACACUCUACUUUAGAAACAUCAGGGAGGGUCCCUGUGCUGUUCCUUUUGGGGGAAAUCCAGGUUAAGAUGUGUUAAGAAAACACAUUCACAUUAAUUCAUUUUAUUAAUCUUUUAUUCCAAACUGUAAAAACAAGCAUCUCGGGGGGG